UUUUUUUUUUUUUGUCAAAAUAAUAUUUUAUUAACGAAGCCAUUUAUUCUAUUCUAUUUUAUUUAUUUGUUUAUUUCUGCAAAAAGGAUAUUUAAAGAAAUUAAGUAGACAAAAACCCUUGAGAGAAAAAGGGGGGUUUUGAUGAGUGAAAUAGUAAAGUGUUUUGAUUCCUUGUAUUUUUUAAAACUGAAAUCCAUUCCAUUUGUUCUGGCAAAGUUCCCAUGAUUGUCCAUAUGUGUGAGCUCUGAUCCAAGUCACCAUCCUGCUUUCUCUUUCUAAGAUCCACUUUCUCUCUCUAAAAUCUUUGAGUUCCUCCUCCUUUCUUUGUGGGUUUGUUUUGUUUGUGUUCAAGAAAGUGAAAAAGAUCCAAACUUUCUGAAUCUUUGUGUCUUUCUUGAGUCUUGAAAAUAUUAUUUUUAAAAUAAUAAUAAAGAUGACAGUUGAGGAAAUUAGAGGGGGUGAUAAUGAAAUUGACAGGUUUCCCAUUGGUAUGAGAGUUCUUGCUGUUGAUGAUAAUCCAACUUGUUUGAAAUUAUUGGAGGGUCUUUUGAGAAAAUGCCAAUAUCAAGUUACAACAACAAAUCAAGCAAUAACAGCACUGAAUAUGUUGAGAGAGAAUAGAAACAGAUUUGAUUUGAUCAUCAGUGAUGUUUACAUGCCAGACAUGGAUGGAUUCAAGCUUCUUGAACUCGUUGGGCUCGAAAUGGAUUUACCAGUCAUCAUGUUAUCAGGAAACGGUGACCGGAAUCUUGUGAUGAAAGGGAUCACUCAUGGCGCUUGCGAUUAUCUCGUGAAACCGGUUCGCCUUGAGGAGCUACGCAACAUAUGGCAGCAUGUGAUCAGGCGAAAAGUUGAGUCAAAAUCACAGUCAAAGUCAAAACACAACGGUGAAAAAUCAGAUCAAGGGAACGAAGGUGGAGAUCAGAACGAGAAAUUGAACCGAAAACGAAAAGAUGAAGAAGAAGAUGAAGAAAAUGGUAAUGAAAGUGAUGAUCCAACGGCAAAGAAGAAGCCACGGGUUGUUUGGUCUAUUGAUCUCCAUAGAAAAUUCGUUGCUGCUAUUAAUCAACUGGGCAUUGAGAAAGCUGUGCCUAAAAGGAUUCUUGAUUUGAUGAAUGUGGAUGGGCUUACUAGGGAAAAUGUAGCAAGCCAUCUGCAGAAAUAUAGACUUUACCUAAAGAGGAUCAGUCAACAAGCUAACAUGGUGGUUGCAUUUGGAAGCAACAACGAUGCAUCUUCUUACAUGAGAAUGGGCCCUCUUGACGGACUAGGAGAUUUUAGGACAUUAUCAUGUUCAGGAAGAUUGCCAAAUGCCACGUAUGCGCCAUCUGGCAUGCUCGGUAGACUCAACAGUGCAACGGGUGUGUCUCUUCAUAGCCUUACGGCUCCACCCCUCGUCCAACCAAACCAUACCCAAACCAAACUACAACCGGUUGUAUCUUCAAAUCACCAAAACAUGAAUCUUUUUCAUGGGAUCCCACCGUCUUUCGAUCUUGAUCAACUUCAGUACUUCAAUAAACCAAACGCCCAACUCACCGAUGUCAAUUCCAUUGAAGAAUCUCAAAUCUUUACAGGUACCAAUCUUGCUGAUUACACUUCCAUUGAUGAACCUCGGAUGUUUAGAGGUUCUAGUACAUUCACCGAUCCUAUUAGCGUUCUUGCAAAUCAAGUCGGUGUGAAGUUGACUUCUACAGGCACCGAAUCUUUUAAUCUUCUUUCAAAUAGUUCUGGCUUUCUUGACCAGAGUGGUGGCAAUCAACCACCAAACUUUUCUUCUAAUCUAAUCCCCGUUGGUGAAAGUUAUAGUUAUCCGGCUGUUAUUAACGGCGGUUUUAGUUCUAACGUCACAACAACAGUCGCUGUACCUAUUGAAGCUCAUGGUGGUGGUUUAGUUGGUGACGUUGUUCAAAAUGUUAACCGAUCUUUACCAAACCAGAAAGGUCUUCCUACACUAGCCGCUUCGGCUCUAGCUUGUUACGGUAGUUUGAGUGGUCCGGUGAGCCACUGUAGACCAAACGGCGGUGGUUCAACUCUUGUCCAGACUGACCACACAAAGCUACAAAGCGGUUUUGUUUCAAGCAAUGGUUAUGGUUCAUUGGAUGAUAUUAUACCAGGAAUGAUGAAACAAGAGCAGGGUGCGACGGUGCUAAUGAAUGGAGAAUUCGGGUACAAUCCUUAUAUAGCUCCAGAUCGCGAUUACGAUGAUGAGCCUAGGUAGUCAUUUGAUUUGUAGAGAAAUAUAAAAGAGCCUGCAGUUGCUACCAUUUAGGUUUAUUGAUGAGGAAUCUUAACUCUUGCUUAGGUUGUCUAAACAAGUCAUGAGUCUGAUGACAAAGAGUAUAUUAUUUUUUCUUUAAUACCCUUUCUGUGAUGACUAUUUCUUGUUAUUUAAUCGCGUGUAAUUAGAAAGUGA